AUGUCUGACCAGUCCCUUUCCACCUACACGCCCCUGGAGGUACCCGUUCCUCCGGUACCAGACGCUGGAUUCUUCUCCGAGACGCAAUGGACAAUCCUCUUCGCACUGGCGGAUGCCAUCGUGCCAUCCAUCCGCGCCUCCACUGGGUCGUCUUCGGACAAGGUCAUCUCAACGAAAGAGUGGGACGCAGCGAUCGCUAAGCUCACUGCAAAUAUCCCUGGUCCCGAUGCCACGAAGCUUGCUACGCGGUAUCUGGAGGAGGAUGCGUCCUCUAAUCCAGCUUUCCGGGCCUACGUGCAGCGGAUUAUCGGCGACCACGUCCAUGAUGAAGCAAGAUUUGGAUUCGGUUUGAUCCUGAAUACACUCAACACACGCGCUGGAUCGUUGCUGCUGACCGGUUCGACCACCCCUAUUCAUCAACAACCGUUUGCCUUCCGAGAGAAGGUCUUCCGCGGAUGGGAUUCAUCUCGCCUGCCACCCUUGCGGGCUAUCUACCGAGGCCUGACUGCGAUUGCCAAGCGAGCAUGGGUGACGACUAGUCCCACAAUCAAUGACGUCCUGGGGUUUCCACGAGUGCCCGUACAUGGCAAGCCGACAGAUGGCUUCGCCUACGACUUUAUUCAAAUUCCACCAGGGGAUGGCCCGGAGACCAUCGAGGUCGACGCCGUCAUCGUUGGCAGCGGUUGUGGUGGAGCUGUGACUGCGAAGAAUCUUGCUGAAGCAGGUUUGCGCGUGCUGGUGGUCGAGAAAUCAUACUAUUAUCCCACAAAGGCGUUCCCAAUGACGCCCGGUGAAGGGUUUGUCAACCUAUACGAAAAUGCAGGCGCUACACUCACGGACGAUGGCUCUUUGGCUAUCCUCGCUGGCUCGACGUGGGGUGGCGGUGGAACGAUCAACUGGUCUGCGGCUCUCCAAACACAGGCUUACGUUCGUCAGGAGUGGGCCGAUGGUGGCUUGCCCUUUUUCACGUCUUUUGAAUUUCAGAAGAGCUUAGAUCGGGUCUGUGAGCGGAUGGGUGUCAAUACCGAGUUCAUUAAACACAACCGUCAAAAUGAUGUGAUCCUGGAGGGUGCCCGGAAAUUGGGCUAUGCUGCCAAACCAGUUCCUCAAAAUACCGGUAAUGAAGAGCACUACUGCGGCUACUGCACACUCGGCUGCCUAUCAGCUGGCAAGAAGGGGCCGACUGAGACAUUCUUGGCUGACGCCGCAAGAGCUGGAGCUACAUUUCUGGAAGGGAUCAAGGCUGAUAAGGUGAUCUUUGGCCCAAAGAAGGGUGGAAAGCGGGUCGCUCGUGGCGUGGAAGGAACCUGGACGUCUCGCGACUCAUACCUUGGUCUCAGCACUGAGGGGUCCUACAAGCGCAAGGUCGUAAUCAAGGCUCAGAAAGUCAUUGUCUCUUCCGGUACCCUUCAGAGUCCACUGCUGCUGCUGCGCAGCGGCCUCAAAAAUUCACAGAUUGGCCGCCACCUACAUCUUCACCCCGUGAUGGGAGCCGCUGCAGUUUUUGACGAAGACAUUCGCCCAUGGGAAGGCUCUGCGUUGACAACUGUGGUCAAUGAGUUCGAGGAUCUCGACGGCAAGGGCCACGGUGUGAAGAUUGAAAGUGUGGCAAUGAUGCCCUCGAUUGCUAUCCCGGUUUUCCCCUGGCGCGAUGGGCUGGAUUACAAGCUGUGGGCGGCUGGUAUGCGCAAAAGCACCAGCUUUAUCACCCUAUGCAAGGACCGCGACAGUGGCCGCGUCUAUCCAGACCCCGUUGAUGGACGCGUCCGGGUGGAUUACACGGUUUCUGCCUUUGAUCGACGCCAUAUCGUGGAAGGCAUCGUGGCCAGCGCGAAGAUCGCAUAUAUCUCGGGAGCUAAGGAAUUUCACAUUUCUUAUCGCGACAUGCCGCCGUUUGUCCGGCCAGAAAGCUCCAAGCAUGGAUCUCCCGAUGGUACCAAUGACACCGCUCUGCAGAAUUGGAUUGCUGAGUUGCGUCGCAAGUCGCCUCUCAACCCCGAGCGUGGACUUUUUGCUAGCGCCCACCAAAUGGGCACUUGCCGCAUGGGGUCUUCGCCCAAGAAUAGUGUGGUGGAUGCCGACUGUCAAGUCUGGGGUACUGAUAGUCUCUAUGUCGUGGACGCAUCUGUUUUUCCCAGCGCUAGUGGUGCGAAUCCGAUGGUCACCAACAUGGGCAUCGCCGAUCACGCCAGUCGAAAUAUUGCCCAAGCGAUGAAAAAGCCUCGCAGUGAAAGGAACAUGGCACGUCUCUAA